AUAGUUGAGAAAAAAUGGCGACGCCCUUAAACAAGGUUUAUGGAGUCAUGAAAGUUGUUUUGUAUGUACGAAAAACAUGUCCACUUCAGUUUGCGUCACGGUUAAAUCCAUGGUAAGCCAUCAUAUUCUAAUACUAAUUCAUUACAUUGCAAGCCCUGAUCUAGAGCUCCACUGGGACGCAGAAAAGCUAGAGGGCAUCUUUUACUUUAUAAUGUCUAACUAUCGUCCAUGUCCAUGUUGUUGUUUUGACAGUUUUGAUCAAUAUGAAGACAAAAGAAGUUAAAAGUUAGGUACCACGAGUUUGUAAGACAAAAUGAGGUAUCAAAUGAAAGAUAAUUGAAUGGGCUAUAUGUUUGUGAACCUAAUUCUUCAGUUUAAUUAAAUAAACUAUGGGAAGCGUUAUACACAGUCGGCUGCGCAUAACCCUGAGAGUUAUACGCAGUCGACUGCGUAUAACUCUCAGGGUUAUACUUAGUUGGCUAGGAAUUUUGCCAAAUAAGGUUUAUCAAUCGCUUGUUUGGCAAUUUUUUAAAAAGUAUUAUGCGUAAUUAGCUGCAUGAUGGGUUGUUUUGAACUAGAACUUUUUAUGUGUUUAACGUAAAAUUUUAAUUGAAUUAAUUUUAAUUAAUAUUGAAAUUGAUGAUAGCAAUUAGUAUUAGUGUUAGUGCUAUUAUUAGUAUUAUUGCUUGUAUCUUAUAUAUUAUAAGUAUAAGUAGGUAUUUUAAAAGACGCACGCGCAUCCCUUCUGCGCAGUCGAAAAAUCACGGAAAAACUUGAGCUGCAAUAUAGCUAUAUGGCAUAGCGAGGGUGUCGUUUUUUUGCGUUGUACGCCACUGUUUCCUAAUAAUAGUAUUUAAAUUAUCGGUGACGUAGAGCACAUAUUUUUCCAAACAUGUGAAUACCAUAUUUGCAGCAUUUAGAAUCUUGUGACCGGUAACGCAUUUAAUUUUUCAUCGGUAUGCACGUUAAUUGCUUAUUACUUUUUAAUGUAAAACUCAAACACAUAGUGGUUUAGCUCAAUACUGCUUCAUUCAUUCACACAGUUUAAUAACUUUACUUCAUUAAAAUUAGCCCAAACGCACAAAAGUUAUGCCGAUCCAACUGGAAGGUGUAAGAAAAUAAAAUUGUUAGUAGUCACCCGAGUCAUCCCCCCUCACAAAAAAAAGUGGGUUGUCGGAAAUGGUUGUUAUUACCAAUUUAACUUAAAGAUAUUUUCAUUUAUNAAUGUAUCGUGAUCGUGUGAAAUUCGGGAAAGAGAAUUACUUUUAUUUCAGAUUAUGAUCCGGUGAGUCACAAAAUCUGGCAAAUUCCGAAAUCCGGUAUAUUCCGGAUUCCGGAAUCCGGUUGUUCCGGAUACAUGUAAAUCCGGCGGAACCGGAUUUCACCGGAUAGUGCAAAAUCCGGCGGAACCGGAUUCCGGACCGGGGUCCGGCACACCCCUAAUGAUAAAUGCAGCAUUCUCAAAAAAAGCAUGAAGGCAAUGUAGUUUAAUUAUUCUGAUUAAUCCUUGCAAGCAUAAAUUUAAUAGUUGAUAUUUAGUUUAACACAAUUAUUUAAGCUGAUAGUAUUUUUCGGCAUCGGAAGUGGCAAAAUAAUGGCAAUAUUAAUGCAGUGGUUUACAAAGUUUUUUCGUGGCCUGUUUUUUAAAAUGGGAAGCGUUAUACGCAGUCGGCUGCGCAUAACCCUGAGAGUUAUACGCAGUCGACCGCGCAUAACCCUGAGGGUUAUUCACAGCCGACUGCGUAUAACUCUCAGGGUUAUACGCAGUCGGCUAGGAAUUUAGCCAAAUAAGGUUAUCAAUUGCUUGUUUGGCAAUUUAAAAAAAAAAGUAUUAUGCGUAAUUAGCUGCAUUACGGGUUGUUUUGAACUAUAACUUUUAAAGUGUUAAAAUUGAAUUAAUUUUAAUUAAUAUUGAAAUUGAUGAUAGCAAUAGUAUUAGUAUUAGUGCUAUUAUUAGUAUUAUUGCUUGUAUCUUAUAUAUUAUAAGUAUAAGUCAAAGUCUACAUUUCUUAGAGUCUAAGCCUAAGAUUUUUUAAAAGGCAUUUCCAUGGUCUAAGUCUAGUUAUGUAUUUUGAUUGAUUAGAUUUUUAUAUGUUGCUAUUACCAUGUGGUUAGUUUUACUGACUAAUUCAGGAAAUACAUUCUAUUUAUUUAAAAAAAUUUUUUUAUGAUUUAUGAUUUUUUUUUUUUUGAUGACCUAAAUGUAACAGUUUUCAGCUUCCAUGCAAAACUAUAACUGUGUGAAAGUAUUACUUACAGUGCCCCCUCUACAGAACCCCUGCCCCUACAGCGAUUUUUUUACUGCUACUCUCAACCCAUGAUUAUAUUUAUUGCUGUACCAGAGAAACAUGAUUUUAUCUGCCACAAAAUUAGUUAACAACACAAAAUAUAUGUUAACAACACAAAAAUAUAUUUGAUAAUUAUAAGAAUAACAUUAUUAACAUUACAUUGGUCAAGUUAAUAAUUCUUCUCAUGUUUUAACAUUUUUUAGCCAAAAGAAAAGUAAAACAAUAAGCCUAGUCGAUUUUGCUUCAUCCUCGAAAACAAACAUAGCAACUCAAGACCACCAUCUUGAGGUUUGGUCAGUUUGUACCAUUCGACCACCCAGUCACCCCAAUAACGAGGCACCCUUAUUGAUUGAUACUGUAACACAGGAAGAAUAUAGACGUCACGUGACUUGCCGACUGCGUAUAACUCUCAGGGUUAUACGCAGUCGGCUGCGCAUAACCACUUCGAUAAACUAUUUGAGUUCCUGUCAUCCAUAAAUAAAAUAGAUUUUACAUUUUGGAAAUAAAUAAAUAUUCUGAAUGUAUUGGGCAUUGGGGUACCAACAAUAAUAUUUUGUAUUCAACUUGAAGGACCAUUUCAAAACAGAACAGUCACAUGGAAAAAAGUGGCUUUGCGGCUGAGCUUGUACAGUUUUUACAUAAAAGAAAAGAAAUUUUUUUUUUGCAAAUAUGUCUAAUAAAUUUGCUGAGUUGAAGUGGUUUGGGCAGCCGUUUGAAGCGUUUAUAAAGAUUUCAAAACACUGGCAAAGUUCUGCCUCACUAUAUCUUGAUGCGUCGGGACGGAUCGCCUCUACUUGCGGAAGGGUGAGGAAAUGUUCAAUGUCAAUGUUGACUGUCUGUUGUCUUCAUGAGACAGUGAGUUAAUUGGAUAUUUAUAUUUAAAUGCCACACUUGAUGCCAUUGAUGCCAAGUCAAAAAUGUUGAAAAACACCCUCGCCAUUUGGGCCCUGGCAAAUAUCCCUCCUUUGAUUUUGUUGUUAUAGAGCACAAUCUCUGAUUUCUUGCAAUCGGUUUCACUUUCUAUGUGUGGACGAUUGUGUAUUGUGUUCAGGUGCAAUACACUUUUCUGCUUCGAGCUCUGGUAUUUGACAAGGUUGUUUCUUAUCUGAACAAAACCACAGAUUUGUUGAGGGGCAGAGCCUUCUUUUGCUCGAAUCCCUUGGGUAGGAACAUCUUGUUCCAUUUCACUGUUCCAACUAGUGUGAGUUUGUUCUUGGCCAUUGGUUCUGCAAGAUGUGGGGGAAUGAAAUAAUGGUCGGUUCUGAAAUUGCAGCCACUUCCAUGUAAGUCCUUUGUGAGAGAUAUCACAGUCUCAUGGGAAAUUCCAAGUCAAGGCACUUGCAUUUUGUUUGCCGAGAUAUGGGCAUCCACUCAGAGGAUAGUUUGAAGUUGAUUCACAGUCACAGGCCCAGAUUUGUAUUCCAUAUUUGUCGGGCUUGCUUGGCAUAUAUGGAAUAAAUCUGCACUGACAUCUGAAACCAACCAGUUGCUCAUCUACUGCUAUGUUCUCUCCAGGAAGAUAAUACAUCGCCAAAUGACUCAGGAAUGCUCCUAAUACUAAUACAUAUCUUAUUAUUGGAUCAAAGAUGUCACGAGCUAGAAAGGAUUGAUCUAGUAUCAUCGUUGUGAACACAAGUAUGAAUGAGAAGUUUGCUGAAUCUCAUCAUUGAGCAUGUACCCUAAAAAUAGGAUUUCCAUCAACAUGGCUGAAUAAAAAGUUGACUGAAAUGCUGCUGAGAUGAAGAUAGCCAGUGUGUGGUAGUAGUUGUAGGCAGCCAAUAAAAGCUUUCAUUUAGAUCGAGUCAUUCCUUUGCCUCUCACUUUCUCACCUUCCCUGUUGGUGCAGUCAGCUAUUGUUUUUAUCAUUUUUUCAUUAAUGUACAGAAGAAAUGCUUCAGUGGGAGAAACUAUGUGAUCCAUGAUGGUGGUUUAGUUUCAAGGCAACUAAAUCAUGCCACAUUGUAAAAACGAAAAUAACAUAAAGAAAACCAGAGGCAUAGCUUGAGUGUUUGGCGCCGGGGGACAAGAUUCAUUUUAAAGUGCCUUUCUUUUUUCAACUCUCAAACCCAUUAUUUUCAUCAAUAGAAUAAUAUCAAAGCACAUUUUGGUGCCCCUAACUAGUCUGGCGCCCAGGGAAUCUGUCCCCCCUCUGCCCACUCCUUAGCUACACCUCUGCAGAGAACCAUUUACAGUGAAAUAAGACUAUGGGUGUAACCCAUACCCAGUUGCCAGGAAUAGCCAGAAACACUUUUUUCCAAUUACUGGGUAUAAUAAGUGUACGGGUGUGCUAAACCCAGUCACUAAGAGACAGGGUAUACAAUAUGUUGAGGUGGAUGGGUUAAAAAUGGUGAAUAAGGAAUAAAAAAAAAAAAAAAAAGAAAUUUUUUGUACAAACAUAAAUUAUAGACUGAAAUGCAAGAAACACUUUUUUACAAUUACUGGGUAUAAUAAGUGUACGGGUGGGCUAAACCCAGUCACAAAGAGACAGGGUAUACAAUAUGUUGAGGUGGAUGGGUUAAAAAUGGUGAAUAAGGAAUAAAAAAAAAAAAAAAAGUAAUUUUUUGUACAAACAUAAAUUAUAGACUGAAAUGCUGAGGGUAACCCAUGUCAUCAAAGUCAAAAACAAUUUAUUAAUUACUAGGCGCAUGAGGAAAUAAAAGGGAGGUUUGGUAAGAUGAGAAGUUUGGGAGGUAUUUUGGCUAACACUUAUAUAUCCAAGAGAGUCCUAGAAAUUUAACAUAUUGGUGUGUCUAUAUACCAUUGGUGAGUGGCUGUAUGUCCAUCAAAAAUUUAUUCAAGGUCUUGCGUAUUAUUUUUUAUAUAUGAUCUUAUAGAGAUACAAAGUAUGAGUGUAAAAUCUAUAAUUGCUACACUACCAUUACCAAGUAAUUUAUAAGCUACAAUUCGGUUAAUGGGGAGAUAUGAAGAGCUGAUUUUCAAAUACUGUAUAUCCAUUUUUGGGGUUUUGAGAUUAUUCAACUUUUUACUAAAAAUUACAUACUGUGUUUAGAGAAUGAAAUCAUUUUUAGACAAGAAUAAAAUAGGAAUGUAAUGUUUUUUGUAAAUAAACUUCACCAUGUCCUAAAGGAACCUGGUUUGCUCUACAAAAAGGUAAGGUUUUUUUAUUUUGCUUUUUCAAAAAUGGUGGCUACCGCAUUUUGAGAAUAAGCUCUUCGUAUAUCUUUCAUGUUCUUUGUAGAACCUGGUGCCAGAAACAGAAAAUAAUUUAAUGUUUAAUUUUUUUUUAUACACCUCUAUUUGAUAGUACUUAAAACUUAAAUUACUGGUACCUUUUUUAAAAAAGUAAGAAAUAAGUGAGUAAGAAUUAUUUAAAAAAAGAAAUUAAAAACCAUAAAUUAUUAAUUUAUCACCCAUCUGUCUUUAUUGUUGUUUUCAUUAUAGCUUAAUACAAGUUUCAAGAAUGUCACAGUAUCAUCCUAAAUAUGUCGACCCAAUCAUAAACAAAGAUGAACUUGCUGAAGGAAUACCUGAAAAUGACAUAAGAAGACACAGACCCAUCAAAGCACCCACCACCGAUAGGUCAAUUUCACCACUCUUUUAUGACCCAACUGUUAAGUAAGUGUUCAUUUUUUUAAUUGUGUCGAAAUACUUUCAAUUUCAAGUGUCUGAAUGUACUUUUAAUUUCAGGAGCACCAGAGUAUUUUAUUUAGCGUACUUUGUGAUGAAGACCAAUAAAUUAUUAGUUUAAAAAGGAUGUCUGAUUUACAUCUCUUAAAAUGAUUUUUUUUUUUUUUUUGUAUUCUCUUAAGCAAAUUCACAGUUAUGAUGAUGAAAGGUGGAAACAAGGAGCGAGUACGCGAAAUUAUGCGAGGGGUAAUCUGCCUGUUAAUUAACAUUUGCCUGUCAUGAUAGAUUUCACUGGAAAGUGCUAUUUUAAGUUUUAAUCAUUUUUUUUCUUAAAAGUUACAGAUAAUUAAUUUCAUUAAUAAUGGUACAACAAGAUAUUUAAAUAGAUAUAAUCUCUCUAUUGAAAAAAUAUUGCCAUUAUUCUUUUCAUAGCUGUUUGAGAAUUUGAAGCAUACCCAAAUUGAGCUUUGGAACAAGGCUAAAACAGAUCAAGAGAGGCAUGCUAUUGAAUGCAAUCCUAUCGAAAUAUUCAAAAAAGCUAUAGAAAACUGUGAACCUUUGCUAAUGAUAAAACGUGUUGUUAAAGGAGGUGUUCCAUACCGGGUGUGUAUUCAAUAUCUUCUACCAUAGUACUUUUGAUGUUUUAAACAUUUUUUAACCCAGCACAUUAUGGUUUUCUCAAUUGUUACUCUAAGAAUUGGGAAAAUAUCUUAUCUUAAAAAAUUAACGAAUUUUACCAUUGCUAACACUUUUAAUUCAUAUUAUUAUAUUAUAUCAUCCUCAUGUCCCAUAGUCCUUGGACCAUUGGGGCGCCACAGAUGACAUGUGAACCAUCCUCCUCCAUUCAUCUCUGUCUUCGGUACUACGCACAGCAUCGCCUAGUUUUAUUCCCUUCCACUCUUUGAUGUUAUCUUCCCAUCUUUUUCUUUGUCUUCCUCUUCUUCUCCCUCCUCCUGUGGUGCCCUGCAUGAUUUCUUUAGCGAGCCCUUGUUUCCUUGUCACGUGGCCAUACCAUUGUAAUUUGCGCUUUUUUACAAUCACCAGGAGGUCAUCAUACUGCCAAAUUGCUUGACGUGCCUUUUCUUUCACUUGAUCAUUGGAGAUAUGGUCCCUAUAGCUGAUGCCAAAAAUUCUUCGGAAACAUCUCAACUCUAUCACCUUUAUUUUCCUUUCAAGUUCUGCUGUUAAAGUCCAGGAUUCGCAGGCAUACAGAAAAAUGGAGAGAACCAAUGAGCGCAUCAGCCUGAUUUUGGUGCUGGGGGCUAUAUUUUUGCCAUUCCAUAUUUUCUUGAGCCUCUUUAGUGCUGUUGUGGUCUGGGCGAUCCUGGACAUCAGUUCGGGCUUGGAGCCUUCUUCAGAGACUAUUGCUCCUAGGUAUUUGAAGCUGCCUACAGUCUCUAGUCUUUCCUCCCCAACCUUAAUUUCAGUGGCGAUGCUGGUGUUGUUAUUUGUCAUCAUUUUUGUCUUUUUGGCACUGAUUUGCAUGCCAUAGGACGAUGAAGUCUUGUCGAGACGCUUUACUAGGUUGGCUAGCUCUUCUUCGUUCCCAGCCAGUUCAUCUAUGUCAUCUGCAAAGCUUAGUUUGGUGAUUGUUCUGCCACCAAUGCUGACUGUCCCUUCAUGCGCUUCCAUAGCAUCUGACAUAAUUCUCUCUAGGAAUCUAGGAAGAUGUUGAACAGGGUGGGAAAGAGCAAGCAGCCUUGUCGUACUCCAACGGUGGUCUUGAACCAUCCUCCGGUGUUUUUGUUGAAGAAGACUGCGCUGGUGGCCUUAUCAUAGGCAUAUCAUUCUGGUUAGGUUUGUGUGUUGAUGUUGUAGUGCCUCAUGGUGGCCCAUAAAGCAACAUUCCAAACCCUGUCGAAUGCUUUCUUGAAAUCCACAAAGACGUGGUAAAGGUUUUGUUGGUUUUGAGUAUAUUUCUCACAUAUUAUUCAGAGGUUUAGGAUCUGCUCAGUAGUGCCACGUCCUUGCCUGAAGCUCACCUGUUCAUAUGGCAUAUGGUCUUAGUCUGUUCAAUAUGACCUUCAGCAUGACCUUGCUUGGAUGGCUUAUUAGGCUAAUGGUGCAAUAGUUUGGGCAUAGCUGUAGGUUACCUUUUUUUUGGGGAGGGUGAUGAUGAGCGAUUGGGUCCAUGGUUUGGGCCAUGCCCUGUCAGCCAUAUUUUGUUAGAAAUAUUGAAAAGGGCACUUAUCUUCUUCUUCUUCUUCUAUAUCUUAAGGGCCCACGAUCAAUUUAUUGAUCAUUUUGGCUCCUAUGCAUGUAGAUGGGAUUUGCAAUGUUUCUGUUCCUGGUGUUGAUGAGGAAAUUUCACAGAUUUCCAGUGCCACUUUGUGAGGGAAUCAUGCACUGGGGGUUUGAAGGCUUGAGGCAAUAGACACAAAUGUGUCUAGUGUUGUCGCCUCAACCGUUCCUUUUGAAAGAUUGUUCCAGUCCCUGAUUGUCUUGGGCAGGAAUGAGCAGCUCCUAUACUGGCUUCUUGCUGGUAUGAGCCUGAAUUGCCUGUCAUGGCCUCGUCGCUGUCUAUGGGGGAGAGGUACGAGUUUCUGUUUAAUACUGGAACAGUGGACCAGCCCAUUAUUUAUCUUGUACAUCAUGGAGAGCCUGGAUUGUCGUCGUCGUUUCUCCAAUGGUGACCAGCCUAGUGUUUCUAGCAUGCUGCCAACACUUGAGGUAUUCCUGUAGCGGUUUAGGACAAAGCGUGCUGCUCGUCGCUGGACCGCCUCCAACCUGUCAAUGCUCUUCUGGGUAAAUGGGUCCCAGACUGAAGAUGCAUAAUCUAAAAUCGGACGGAUAAAGGCUUUAUAUGCUCUUUCUUUCACACAGGAGUUGCCAAUCUUUAGAUUUCGCCUUAAGAACCCUAGGGUCUUAUCAUUGCUUCUCCUCAUAUUAAAUACUGUACCAUAUAUCCUUGACGUUUUUGUUUGGCAGGAUUUAUAAUGAAUUCUUUUAAAAGUAAAGGCUUUAGGUUUGAUAUCAAGGAAUGAGUGUGGCGCUCUUUAAUUAGAAGGAAAAGCAAUUUUCUUAUCCAAAAUGAGUAGACUUCUCAACACUGAAUAGAUCACAGGGGCUUGUUCAUGGAGAACUUCCACAAAAAAUGUGCACCUGAAGUAUUAAGUAAGAUCCUUGUCCGCAUUUUAACAACCCCACUGCAGAAAUCCUUUAGGAAUGCCCCCAUAUUGGAAUGGGUUAAUACAAUAUACAAGUCAUAGAAUAAAUUUCAAUGUAGAAAUUUUAAUGGUUUAUAUUUCUUUAUUUCUGAUCUGUUGAGAGCUGAAUAUUUUUUUUUAACCCUGUUGUCACAAUCAAUAAACUAUUAUACCAUUUUGAAUAACUCAAGGUUCCUGUGUGUGCCAGACCAAAUGAAAAAACGUUUCGAGCUAUGAAAUGGAUAAUUGAAAGUUGUCGAGACAAGGAAAGAAGGUUACCAAUGGAAAAUAAAUUGGCCUGGGAAAUUAUGGAUGCUUACAAUAACCAGGUACGGUAAUUCAACUGAUACAUUGCUACUUUACAUGUUAUUUGUUAAUUAAGCACUAAAUAUUUCAAAAAGACAAAUUAUUAAAAUUAUUUUAACAACUACUUACUGAGUCUCAUUAUUCUUUUUAAAAAUGUAAAUUAUAUAAGGUACUGGUACACACAAUACAUCUAUAGGCAUGUAUGGAUUAAAUAAACUGUUUCUGACAACCCAUUAUAAAAAUUGCUACAGUAAUAAAUAUGGUUAAGUUUGUAUAUAGAUAUACUUAAUAGUAAUAGUACUAAUAGCAAGGCUUUUAAAACCAACUGAAUAUUUCAGCAUAUACAUGUACUGGUAAAGACUAUGAAUAUGACUGUUAAUAUUUUCUAGCAAUAGGUGAUUUAUAUUUAUUAUGAUUUAUGUUGUUUUUUUCAAUAGGGGAAGGCUGUGAGAAAAAAGCAGGAAGUCCACAAAAUCUGUGAAAGCAACAGAGCUUAUGCUCAUCUGAGAUAAAAACAAACUUUAUCAAGAAUGUUAUUAUAUUAUAUGCUGGCGAAUGAUGAAUUUUUAUGUGAGAGAAUAAAAAAAAUAUAUAUAUUCUAAAAAUAUACUUUGGUAUCUGUUGUUAAUGUUUUUUCAGUAACUAAUUGAAUUAAUGUACAGUACCAUUUGUUAAAAGAUAUUUGUGUACUUUGUGUUACCAUUGUUUGGAAAUGAUGUGAUUUCAAAUAAAUUUAUUGACCGAUUAGUAUCUGUUAUUCAAAACAGCCAAGUGCCAGAAUCAUGCAUAUUUUUUAAUUUUAUG